CAUACCCCCCCUCCCCGGCCCGCCGCAGCGGAGGCCGGCGGCGGCUGCGUGCAGGACGGGCAGAGCUACAGCGACAAGGACGUGUGGAAGCCGGAGCCGUGCCGGAUCUGCGUGUGCGACACGGGGACCGUGCUGUGCGACGAGAUCAUCUGCGAGGAGCUGCGGGACUGCCCCAGCCCCGAGAUCCCCUUCGGAGAGUGCUGCCCCAUCUGCCCCGCCGAGCCCCCCGCCGCCACCGCCCAUCUCACCCCCUGCUUUGCCUUGCAGGGACAGAAAGGUGAACCCGGCGAUAUUAAAGAUGUUGUAGGACCCCGAGGGCCUCCGGGACCGCAGGUGGGAACGCGUUUCUCCGGGCGCAUUGCUGGAAUAUUUGUGGGGGGGGGGGUGCGGAAAG